AUGUCCACUUAUUGCACUCUUGCUGGGAUACAUUGUCGGUGCUUUCACAGCAUGGGCAUUGCUACGCAAGGAGAAGGCAACGGAGACCGAAAAAAUCCAAUUUUUGUGCAGAAGCAACUCUCCCAGAGGCAGCCCUCCUCUGUCAUAGAGGCACCUCUACCGCCAGUGGCGGAGGAGGAGGAUUUUCAGCUUGAGGCGUCAUUCUCUGGGGAGGAGGAUGAUUUUCAGCUGGAGGCGUCGUCAUUCUUGUCCACAGAGGCACAGCUACUAAAGGAAGAUGAUUUUCAGCCUGACAGAGAGGCGGAGCUAUCAGAAGAAGACGAUUUUCAGUCUGACAGAGAGGUAGAGCUAUCAGAGGAAGACGAUUUUCAGUCUGACAGAGAGGUGGAGCUAUCAGAGGAAGAUGAUUUUCAGUCUGACAGAGAGGCAGAGCUAUCAGAGGAAGACGAUUUUCAAUCUGACAGAGAGGCGGAGCUACCAGAAGAAGAGGAUUUUCAGCCUGACAGAGAGCCAGAGCUACCAUAA